UACUGUCACACACCUGAAGCAGGUCUACUUCUUCUUCUUCUAUCUUCAUAUCAAACCCACUGGGACUGGACUGAGGGGGGUGUGAGCUCAGACUGAGGAGGAGGGAGGGAGGGUCUGUGUGUCUGCUAUCAAUUGGCCCCUCACUCACUCUCUCAGCCUCAUGUCAGGCCGCAGGGUGGGCUUCUGUCUCAGUGACAAGAAACGAAGGAGGAUUAACCUGAAUGCAUUUAGAGAUUUCUGUUGGGUCCAUGGAGUGGAAGUGGUGGAGAUCGACCUCACUCAGCCGCUGAUACCCCAGGGACCCUUCAAUGUCAUCGUUCAUAAGCUGUCUGAUGUCAUCGUGGAGGCUGAGCACGACAGCCGAUCACAGCAGCUGCUCGCCAACUUCCAGAGCUAUGUGUCCACUCAUCCUGAUACUGUCCUCCUGGACCCCCUGCCUGCGAUGACCAAGCUCCUGGACAGAUUUGUGUCUUACAGGAUCAUGAGCCAGCUGCACAACUCCCUCCGAGACUGGCAUAUCUGCAGCCCCCCUUACCUAGAGGUCCCCAGUGCCGCUGACCUGUCGACCAUCAAGCAGACUGUGAUGUCUCAGGGCCUCAGCUUUCCCCUCAUCUGCAAAACCAGAGUGGCACAUGGCUCACCAUCCCAUGAUAUGUCUCUGAUCUUCAGUGCUGGCAGUCUGGCUGAUAUCCAUCCUCCCUGUGUGCUCCAGAGCUUCGUCAACCACGGAGCGGUUCUGCACAAGGUAUUCGUGGUGGGAGACAAACACUUCUGCGUAGAGAGACCCUCCCUCAAGAACUUCACCUCAGGUCCCUGUGACAGGAAAACCAUCUUCUUCAACAGCCACCAGGUGUCCAAGCCAGAGUCCAGCUCUGAUCUCACCGCGCUGGACGAGCAGAUGCCAUGCCUGCCACCUCUCAGCUCCCAGGCCGUGGCUGCGCUGGUCAGAGAGCUCCAGGCUCAGCUGGGCAUGGCCCUGUUCGGCGUGGACAUCAUCAUCAACAUACACACACACACCCUGACUGUCAUCGACAUCAACAUCUUCCCAGGGUAUGAGGGAGUGCCACAGUUUUUCUCCGCCCUGCUCAGCCACAUCAAGACAGUGUUAGACGAACAGACCUCCGCCUGCCCCCGGGCCACCAGCUCUCCUCAGACAACAAACACUGCAGGUGGUCCGUCUGCCGGCACUUAAGUCGCCUUGGGAGCAGAUGUGACUGAUGAUUUGCUUUGAACCAAAUCAGCUGUUUCCAAGACUUUGCUACAUUAUUUAUUUACAAUGUGUAACAGAGCUGUAUCCCCUGUAAACAACAGUAAUGAUUCCAGAGAUUCAAGUCGAUCAACAAACUGACACUGACACUGACACAUACUGGUUU